AUGAUGUUUGCCAUAGAGGAGAUCAACAACAGCUCAGAGCUGCUGCCGGGCGUGACACUGGGCUACAGAAUCUUUGACUCCUGCCCCAGUAUCCCUCUGUCCAUCAAAGCGUCACUGAACCUGAUGAAUAGGUACGAGAGUGGGGAAGGCAGAUGUAACAAACUCUCCAAUGUGCAUGCUGUCAUAGGGGAAACCACAUCCACCUCCACAAUAGGUAUCGCACGCACCAUGGGACCCUUUCAUAUACCUGUGAUCAGUCAUUCAGCCACUUGUGCAUGUCUUAGUAACAGGAGAGAUUAUCCUUCCUUCUUCAGAACCAUACCCAGUGACAUUUACCAGAGCAAAGCAUUGGCAAAGCUGAUGAAACAGUUUGGCUGGACCUGGGUUGGAGCUAUAAGAACCAACAGUGACUAUGGAAAUGGUGGCAUGGCCACAUUUCUGGAAGCAGCUGAAAAGGAAGGUGUGUGUGUUGAGUAUUCUGUUGCUAUUUAUAGGACCGACCCCAGAAAGUGGUUCUUGGAGGUGGUUGACAUUAUCAAGAAAUCCACCUCUAAGGUAAUAGUGGCAUUUGCAGACGGCACAGACCUUGACAUCCUUAUCAAAGAGCUUCAUGCUCAGAAUGUGACAGGCCUGCAGUGGGUGGGCAGCGAGGGCUGGAUCACCUAUCGCUACAUUGCCUCUCCAGUGAACUACGCUGUGGUCCAGGGGGCUGUGGGCUUCGCGGCACUCAACGCUCACAUCCCCGGACUGCAGGAGUUCCUGUCAAGCACCAGACCCUCCACCACACCAGGCAACAGGGGACUGGUGGAGUUGUGGGAGAUGGUGUUCAGUUGCACCUUGACUCCCCAAGCAGAGGCUCACAGUCAAGGUUCAGAGGCAGCCUGCUCGGGCACGGAGUCCCUGCGGAACACAAACACGCGCUUCACAGAUGUUUCAGAUGCCAGUCUGAUGAAUAAUGUUUACAAGGCCACAUACGCUGUCGGUCAUGCACUGCACAUGCUGUUUACAUGCACAGAUGGACGGGGGCACCUCACUGUGCCUCUGCAGGUUCUGCAUUAUCUGACCCAGGUGAAUUUCACCACUAAGAUCGGUGAAAAUGUCUUCUUUGAUGAGCUGGGCGACCCUGUGGCACGCUACGCGCUGGUCAACUGGCAGAUGGAUAAGACAGGUAACAUACUCUUUGAGACCAUCGGCUUCUACGAUGCCUCCCGACCUGAGGGUGAACAGUUUGAGAUGAAAAGAGACGUGAAGGCCAUCUGGGCAGGCGAGAACCUUGAGGUGCCGAGGUCCAUCUGCAGUGAGAGCUGUGUGCCGGGGACCCGCCGCGCGUUUGUCAAGGGCAAACCCAUCUGCUGUUUUGAUUGCAUCAUCUGUGCUGACGGGAAGUUCAGCAACAGGACAAAUGCAGUCAAAUGUGACAAAUGUCCCCCUGACUACAAGUCCAACGUGGAGAGGAACAGCUGUGACCUAAAGGCCAUUGAGUUCCUCACAUUCAGGGAACUGAUGGGUAUUCUGCUUGUCAGCUUCUCUGUCUUUGGUGCCUGCCUGGCAAUGACUAUAGCCCUGAUAUUUUUCUACUUCAGGCAAACUCCAAUUGUCAGGGCCAACAACUCGGAGCUGAGCUUCCUGCUGCUCUUCUCCCUGACCCUGUGCUUCCUGUGCUCCCUCACCUUCAUCGGCCGGCCCUCCGAGUGGUCCUGCAUGCUGCGACACACUGCGUUCGGCAUCACCUUCGUCCUCUGCAUCUCUUGUGUCCUCGGGAAAACUAUAGUGGUGUUAAUGGCCUUUAAAGCAACUCUUCCAGGCAGAAAUGUUAUCAAGUGGUUCGGGCCUGCACAGCAGAGGAUCAGCGUUCUGGCGUUCACUCUGAUACAGGUUGUGAUUUGCAUUCUUUGGCUGACAAUGAAUCCUCCAUUUCCUUUUAAGAAUAUGUAUCUCUACGAGGACAGAAUCAUAUUAGAGUGUGCGCUAGGAUCAGCUGUCGGCUUCUGGGCUGUGUUGGGAUACAUCGGACUCUUAGCCAUGUUGUGUUUUGUUCUCGCUUUUUUGGCUCGAAAGCUUCCCAAUAAUUUCAACGAGGCUAAAUUGAUCACCUUCAGCAUGUUGAUAUUCUGCGCAGUCUGGAUCACAUUCAUCCCGGCUUAUGUCAGCUCUCCUGGGAAGUUCACUGUGGCUGUGGAGAUAUUUGCCAUCCUGGCUUCAAGUUAUGGAAUGCUGUUUUGCAUUUUCUUACCAAAGUGCUACAUCAUUUUAUUAAAACCUGAGGAAAAUACAAGGAAACAUUUGAUGGGUAAAUUUACCUCAAGAUCUCUUUAA